CCUCCACCCACACCUACCCAUCACUCCCCCUUCACCCCUUUCCCCGCCAUGAUCAAGAUCUGGUCCAUGAAAAAGGACGAAGAGUCGGCAAAGAAGAAGAAGCCAAAGACGAGUCCUGCGCAGCUCAGAGUACAAAAAGAUCUGACAGAACUGGAGCUACCCAAGACGAUGAAGACCGACUUCCCAGACCCAGCAGACGUCCUCAACUUUACACUCACAAUUGACCCAGAUGAGGGGAUGUACAAGAGCGGCUCGUUCAAGUUCACAUUCAACAUCAAUAGCAACUACCCGCAUGAACCUCCGAAGGUCAAGUGCACACAAAAGAUCUACCACCCCAACAUCGACCUAGAGGGAAACGUAUGCCUCAAUAUCCUGCGUGAAGACUGGAAGCCCGUACUCAAUCUCAACUCGGUAAUGGUGGGACUGCAGUACCUCUUUCUGGAGCCUAAUCCGGGAGACCCACUGAACAAAGAGGCGGCAGACGAGCUGCGCAGAGAUCGGUCCGCAUUCACAACGUCCGUCAAGCGGUCACUGGCCGGCGGCUCGAUCAGUGAGUAGGAAAGGAGCAACAGGGGCAAGUAGAGUAGCUCACGUACUGACUGUGUCUCUGCUUCUGCCUAUACACAAUCGACCAGAGGGCGUGACAUACGACAAGGUGACGACAGGGGG